AGAUGCGAAGCCAAUGGGAGGAGAUUGCGCGGGGCACGCCGGGAUGAUGGAGAAUUUCUCCGCUCUCUUCGGAGGGACGGAACCGCCUCCGCCUUCCACAGCCGCCGCGCUGGGCUUUGGACCAGGGAAACCCGGAGGACCGGGGACUGGGGCACCUCCCGUCCCUGCCGUGACCCCCGUCGGAGAGAAAGCGGCGGCCGCCAGCGGCCCCUUCUACCUAAUGCGCGAGUUACCAGGUAAGUGGCUGUUGGAGGGGGCGGGCUUCGGGGGCGACUCAGCCUACCGGAAUGCAGAGGCGGGCCUUGCAUCCUUGGCCAAUGCCACCGAGGCGCCGCGGCGGAAUGGCCCAAUAGAGAUACGCGGCUGCGUCUUGAUGGGCACUCCUCCCUGUUCCUGUGGGAACUUAGACCCAACAGGCGAAGCUGACGACUUCGCGGAAGCGCAGGUAGUGGUGAGAUUUCGAUUGGCAGCUACUGGGGGCCAAUGAGGUGCCGGAUCAAAACAGGGAGGCGGAGUCAUGCGGUGCAUCCGCAUUUGGCGCUGCCGAGGCGGAAGCCGCUGAAGUUCAUUAUUAACUUCAUGGCAAGCCCCCGUUUGCCUUUUCUGCUUCAAUAGAUGCUUGCUGUAAUAAUCUAUAUGGAAGGUCCGUCUGAAAAGCACUGUCUAAACACCAUAAGCAAAUAGGGCCCAGUGAACAUGUAACAACACUAUGCCAAAACCUGGCUUAGCACACGAGAGCAAGCAUUCCCAGAGCAAAGGCUGUGGCUGUUGCACUAUCAUGGUUUGGCUCAGCACUGCAUGCCAACUCGGGGGUCAUGGUUGUCUCCCCCAAACUAUGAGUGAUCAACAACAAACAGCUCAUGGCUUGUCGGGAGAGACAGAACAUGAGCCCAGUUUGGAUGUCAUGCAUAGCCAAACUUGACCUUGAGUAUGCAUCAGCAGGACUCAGGAAGAAGCACAGCAACCAUGAUUUGUGUGAAGCCGUGAUUUGGCUUAGUGUUGCGUGCAAACUAUUGCUUUGUUAUUAGGUGAGGGUCCUACAAACCAUUACCUUGAAGCAACCUCCCAUGGCAUAAGUGGGACUUAAUUUCAAGUAUACAUGAAUGGGACUUUGGGGAUUUUCUUCCCAGGAUGCCUCAGCCUAUCAAGAAGAGAAGUACAUUUUCAGAAAGCAGAGCAAAGCUUUUUCUUGAUCUGGCUUCACCAAAAGCAUUUUGGGUGUAUGAGGCUGGACAUGUCCUCUUGUCAUCUCAACAAAGAAGUCACUUGCAGGUGCAAGUAGUGUCGUAUUUGAAGGAUUUGCUUGCCAGAUUCUAUCUGCCUUUGUCCUGUUAAUCCCAACAAGCCAAACAUAGGCAGCAUUGUUAUGUCCUUUGUUCUUUGCCAGGUACUACAGAACUAACAGGGAGCACAAACCUGAUCACCCACUACAACCUGGAGCAUGCCUACAACAAAUUUUGUGGUAAAAAGGUGAAGGAGAAGCUCAGCAACUUCCUGCCAGACCUACCAGGGAUGAUAGAUUUGCCAGGUUCACAUGACAACAGCAGCCUGCGUUCUCUCAUUGAGAAGCCUCCCAUCUGCAGCAGUUCGUUCAACCCUAUCACCGGCACCAUGCUAACAGGCUUUCGUCUCCAUGCAGGCCCGGUAAGUUAGAGAUGGGGGCUGCAAGGGAAGAAGGAAAUAUUGACUGUCGGUGGGAAAAUGACCUGAAUGACAAAAAAAAUAUGCCAGAGUUGGAAAUGGAUGUUAGGGUGCACUGGAGAAUAUGAGUACUGGGAGAAACUUCUAAGAGUCCAGCAGAAUGGGAUCCAUCUCCCUUGAUGGAAUAGGCAGUAGUAGGUAGGCUGAAGUUAGGGAGGGAUCCCAGGCAGGAGGAGUCACAAAGAAAAGUACAGUGGAACCUCGGGUUAUGUACCGCCCUCCUUAUGAACGCUUCGGAUUACGAGCUCCGCUAACCCAGAAGUAGGUGUUCUGGGUAGCGAACUUUGCCCUGGGAUGCGAGUGGAAGUUGCGUGGCGGCAAUGGUGCGUUAGCAGCGGGAGACUCCAUUAGCAAAAGCGCACCUUGGGUUAAGAAUGGUUUUGGGUUAAGAACGGACCUCCGGAACGAAUUAAGUUCGUAAACGGAGGUACCACUGUACUGCCAAAUUUAGUGCUCUCUUUUGCAGAGCAGGUAUGAAGAGGAAGGUUGACUCAUAUGUGAAUUCCAGAGUAAUGCUUUAGCCAUAUUCUGUGAAGUGGAGAUUGCCAAGGAGUCUAGGGAGCUCCGAGCUCAUAACAGACCCAAGUACUAAGCUUAGUGAACAUAGUAGAAACUUUUCUUGCAAGUUUUGAUGGGGGAUAACGGUGGGACCAGGUUACCAAAGAGACAAGCAACCCCCUCCCUGCAAAUGAUUGCACCUGUGGUUAUUUACUGGAACAACAGAUGUGGUAUUCAGUGGACUAACAUGCUCUUUUGUUUCUUUUGCGCUGCUUCAGCUGCCAGAGCAGUGUCGCUUAAUGCACAUCCAACCACCUAAGAAAAAAAACAAGCACAAACACAAGCAGAGUCGUACGCAGGAUCCUGUCCCUCCAGGUAAGAAGCUUCCUCCUUGGGUCCUGUGGUUGCAUUUACCCUCACCAACCCCUGCCCUUCCUUUCCAAUUUAGCAUUCCACAGUCUAGCGGCCUAAGCUACCGCAAUUCCUGCUUUGUCCAAAGUUCCUGCUUCAGUUCCUUUUCUCUUUUUGGUAGAAACUCCUUCAGAUUCUGACCACAAGAAGAAAAAGAAGAAGAAAGAGGAUGACCCUGAGCGGAAAAGGAAGAAGAAGGAGAAGAAGAAAAAGAAAGUAAGUUGGGAAGAAUGCUUCUACCAGCUCAAGUAAUUGUACCCUCAGGUGCCAGAGAACUGACUGAGAUGUGGGGUCUUUUCUCCUGGCCUUUCAUUAUUGUUGAGAACUUUCAUUCUCAUUCUUGCAUGUGUGUCCAUUUUAUUUUUCCUUAGAAUCGGCAUAGCCCUGAACACCCUGGUGUGGGCAGCUCUCAGGCCAGCAGCAGCAGCAGCCUCCGGUAAAGUCCUGCCAUGGAGUUAUCUUGGAAGGUGCUACAGCUUUGACAAGAAAAGGAGGAACAGCAAUAAUGGGGGAGUCACCACAGACUCAUAUACUUCCCCUGCUUCCCCUUCGCCCCUACUGAGUGGAACUUCUGGGACUCCAUUGAUCUCUCUAUAAGGAACAUAGACUUUGCCUGCGACACAAUGCAGACUGGUGUCUUUAUAUGGGAGCCCUGCCUACUCGGGGAGGGUUUUUUUUCUUCUUCCUUUCCUUUUUACAGAAUGUUCCUGACUAAGUUGGGAUGUGUCUGCCUCGUGAUUUAGUUAAACCUUUGUUGGAGCACUUGGGAGGGUCUGGAACCUCCUCUCAUAUCAUGGGCUUGGAAACUGCACUGUGAAUAGAUAGGGAGAAACUCUAGAAGUGCUUUCUUUUGUAAAGUGUGGCCCAAGGCUAGUGGGUGAGUUAGUUGCCUAAGUAGAAAGAGCUAAUGUGAUCAGGCUUUUUCUAAAUAGGAAAAUGGGAGAAACUGCAGAACUGUGAGGUGGGAGUAAAGAGAAGACAAGGUUGGUUUUACCUUCCUGGAGUUGAUCCAUGCUGAUAAGUAGGCCUGCUUUAGUAUCAUCAGCUAGAGAGUUAAGUCGAAAGCAUUGACCAAAUUUCUUUUAACUGUGGAAGCAUGUAAGUCAAGAAGCUAUACUGUGAAUCCAAGGACAGAACUGUGUAUAUGGUGAUAUUUUCCCCUAAGGGCUCACUUACCAGGUAAAGGCUUCUCUACAUGUAAUCCCUUUAAAAAUAAAACUUGAAAACAAAAAAAGCUGACAUCAUUUAAAUAUUUGCCAGCAGAAGGGAGAAAGUGGAAUCUUCAGCAACAGACUUCAGCUGUGAACAGAUGGAAGCCUCUUUCAGGAACCUGGACAAAUAGAAACCAUUGUUUUCUUCUAUCCUAUUCUUCUGAUUUUUUCUGAAUUACUACCUCAGCAGAGCACCCUGGCAGAAAUGGUUCCUUAAACUGUCAGCUGGUCAUCUUGCUGGCUAGUCUGUCCCACGUUUAAAGACAAAGAUGGUGAUGAAUCUGCCCCUAUCUACUGCACCAAAAUUCCUUGGAGUGACAAGAGGAACAUGCUUGGAAAUAGCCUGCCAUCUUAACUGCUUCUUCUUUCCUAUAGGAAGGGGAAUUUCAUCCACAGUAAAAACAUCUCUUUCCUGAGCUUAAGGAUCAGAAUGAGGGUGGAACUGCACUUUGAUCAAGAGUGCCUCUUAGGGACAAACUGGACAUGAGAAUGUCAGGACCCUGAUUGGAGUUCCUGAAACUUCUUAAAAUCAGAUUCCCCCAAUAUAAAUUUUCUGCCUCAAGGGGUAAAUGUGGGUCCCACCCCCAGUGAAUAAGCUGCUCCAGAGAGACUGUUUUUAUCAUGGAAACAGCUAACACCCUCAGUGCUGUGGAUCCAAUCCAAACCUCCCACCUGCCAAUUUUAAUGAAAUAAAAAAAAAAAGUUGAGAGAUCCCUGCAUAGAUCGCCUUAUCAGUCCUUUCACAGAGAUGAUAGAUGCCACUUGGAAAUGAAAUGCAGGUGCUCUGGCUGACAGUAUUAAUAAAUUGCUUUCUAGUGAUAUGCUCCAUACUGCUUGUCUCUUAUGCUGGUCUACUUGCACAGGAAGGCUUGCUUAAUGUCCAAGGACUCCUAUGAAGUAGGAGUUUGUGCAGACUUCAUGUUGCUCCAUGGGG